AAUUAAUGUCCCUUUCUUUGUGAGGAAUUCAUCUCAUUCUCAAUCCUCCCUAUAAAUUGAGCCUCUGGCUCCUUUGUGAAGUGUUGGAAAACCGUUAAGCAACUACAGAGUGAGAUAGCGAGCCUGAGAUUGUGCGAUUAAUCUGUAUUUCCUCCGUACCCGAAGUCGGAAAACCACAUAUAUCUUUGUGUCGUGUGUGAUUGCGUGUUUGGCGUAACAGCUACAACCUCUAUUAAGAGAAUGCCUCUCUUGUUCUGAUUUGGCCAUAGAAGAUUGUUCUUCUGCGUACUUCAUAUUUAUUUGCCAUAUGGCUCAUCCUAUGUUGUUGUUGUUGUUGGCAUUUGCUUUGGCCCUGUUUGCUUAUUCUUUGGUGGCCUCCGCCGAAAUCGUGGAGCACUCUCUUCAUGUGCAAAAUCUAACUAUCAGCCCGUUAUGCAAGCAACAAGUUAUCACCGCCGCGAAUGGAAGCCUUCCCGGCCCAACUAUACAGGUUCAUGAGGGGGACACACUGAUUGUUCAUGUCUUUAAUAAAUCUCCUUACAACCUUACGAUUCAUUGGCACGGGGUUUUCCAGCUACAGAGUGGAUGGGCCGAUGGACCUGAAUUUGUAACUCAAUGCCCAAUAGUCCCUGGAAAUAAUUACACAUACAGAUUUACCAUUACAGGUCAAGAAGGGACUCUUUGGUGGCAUGCUCACUCCAAUUGGCUUCGCGCAACUGUACAUGGGGCGUUGAUCAUCCAACCGAGAAAGGGUCACUUGUACCCGUUCCCAAAACCCGUCGAAGAAUUCCCAAUUCUUUUGGGAGAGUGGUGGAAUGCUAAUAUCAUGGACAUCGAGAACCAAGCACUAGGCGACGGGCAUGGGCCUAACGUUUCCGAUGCUUUCACCAUCAACGGUCAACCUGGUGAUCUAUAUAAUUGCACAUCAUUUGGCACAUAUAAGCUGAAGGUUGUACGAGGAAAAACAUAUCUCUUGCGUAUCAUCAACGUUGCACUCUAUAGCGAGCUCUUCUUUAAGAUAGCAAAUCACACAAUGACGGUUGUUGCUGUCGAUGCUUGUUACACCAAUCCAAUGGUCACUGACGUCAUGGUCAUAUCACCAGGGCAGACCAUAGACGUGUUACUCACCGCCGACCAGCCACCAGCCUCCUAUUACAUGGCGGCACAUUGCUACGACAGCUUGGGAGAUGCUUAUGAUGAGACCACCACCACCGGGAUCGUUACGUAUGAAAAUGCCACACCAUCAUCCCCACUGAUGCCGAACCUACCCGCCGCGGACGACACUUCUGCGGCCUUCAAAUUCUAUUCCAGCGUGACGAGUCUUGUGAACGGGCCUCACUGGGCGCCAGUCCCACUCAAAAUCGAUGAAAAAAUGUUUUUGACGGAAGGCUUGGGGCUGGUCCCUUGCGGAGCAAACAAUACUUGUGGGGCUCCUUUAGGGCUACAAUUUGCUGCGAGCAUGAACAACGAAUCUUUCGAGCUCCCUACCAAGUUGUCAAUGCUGGAAGCGUCUUACUACAAUCUAACGUCUGGGAUCUACACCACCGAUUUUCCUAAAUAUCCACCGGUGGUGUUCGACUACACGAAUACAAGCAACGCCUUGAAUACGGCGCUCGUGAUGACGUCGAGGUCAACAAAGGUUACGAAACUGAGGUAUAAUUCUACGGUUGAGAUUGUGUUUCAAAACACGGCGUUGGUUGGUGAACAGAGCCACCCGAUGCAUUUGCACGGGUACAACUUUUAUGUUUUGGCCCAAGGGUUUGGCAAUUACGAUCCCGCAACUGGGCCGAAGAUGUUCAAUCUAGUCAAUCCGCAGAUACGCAAUACCGUCGGGGUGCCUGUUGGAGGGUGGACCGUCAUUAGAUUUACGGCAAAUAACCCUGGUGUAUGGUUGAUGCAUUGUCACUUCGAUUCGCACUUGUCGUGGGGCCUAGCGACUGCUUUUGUUGUUGAGGACGGGCCCACUCCAUCUACUUCUUUGCCUCCUCCUCCACCAGAUCUACCCCUUUGUUCGUCUUAUGCUAAGCAAAUAAGAUUUUUUAGCAAGGGUGGUGGUAACGCCGAAACUAUUUAUGUGUAUAAAAGGAUUGUAUUUGUGUGGUUUGGCUCUUGGCCAGGUUUUCUUGUACCAUGUUUUAUUGUAUUUGUAUGGUUUUCUUGUACCAUGUACAAGGUGCAGUACUCUUCUGUGCUAAAGUUCCGGCAUUAAUCAAAGGAAUUUCAGUAUUAUCAUUUUCCUCUUAUUAAUCAAUGAAAACAAACUUUCUCUGUGGUUUGGCU